UGAAGAAAAGGUACACUAGUCCUUAUGAGACUCUCCACGAGAUGUAACGCUUUAAAUCAUCAUUCCAAUGCGCCGCCUAAAAAAAUACCAGUUCUUUUGCAAUUUGCGCGCACUUUCCUUUAUUUUAAGCACCCAGGAAGGGACUCUUUUGUAAAGACCCAUCAUUAUCUGUUUGUGCAAAAAAAAAUGAGGAGCAUAGUUUUUAGAGUGUUCUUGCUUCUGUCCUCUGGCUGCGUUUUGCAGACUGUUCAGGGUGAGCCGCGAUCUGGGUCCAGAGGAACAGCACGCGGGCACCCGGCAAGUUCCUCGCGUCUGGCGAUACGAUGGACCGGAAACGGACGCGUGUAUAACCUACAGAGUCACGGUUCUGAAUAUAUCCCGCCGCGCCGAAGAGGAAACGUGGACCUAAACAAACCUGCGCUGGUGAUCCGGGAAUCAAAUGAGACCGCGCCGAGUCGCUUGGGAGCGCACACAGAACCCAGGCUAACAGAUAAUGGAGACGUGAUGAUGGCAGACAACCCGUACGACCCUUACAAGUCCUUUCGCAACGACCUCUAUAACCCGUAUUACAACUAUUACGACUCUUACUACCAGCCGCGCUACAGGCACAGAGCUCGACCUGGCUAUGGGACGAGAUAUUUCCAGAAUGGUCUUCCAGAUCUGAUUCCAGACGCGUAUUAUGUGCAGACGUCCACCUAUAUACAGAGGGUGCCAAUGUACAACCUUAGAUGCGCGGCUGAGGAAAACUGUUUGACAAGCUCAGCUGCGGACGCGCGGGACUACGACACGCGCGUCUUACUCAGGUUUCCCCAACGCGUGAAGAACCAGGGUACUGCUGACUUUCUUCCCAACAAACCACGAUACGCGUGGGAAUGGCACAGCUGCCACCAACACUAUCACAGCAUGGAUGAGUUUUGCCAUUAUGAUCUCCUGGAUGCUUCUACCCAGAGCAAAGUAGCUGAAGGCCACAAAGCCAGUUUCUGUCUAGAAGAUACCUCAUGUGACCCUGGCUACCAUAGGCGUUAUGCAUGCACAUCCCAUACUCAGGGUCUAAGCCCAGGAUGUUAUGACACAUACAAUGCAGACAUUGACUGCCAGUGGAUUGACAUUACUGAUGUUAAACCUGGAAAAUACAUUCUCAAGAUAACUGUGAAUCCAAGCUACCAGGUUCCAGAGUCAGACUUUACUAAUAACAUAAUGCGCUGUGACAUUCAGUAUACAGGCAAUUAUGUCCAUACAUCUGGGUGCAGUACAUCUCAAUACUGACUGCAGAAUGUUGUCGUCAAAACCCCAAAAGCCAGUCAUUAAAGAAGAAAACAAAUCAACUACCACAAGAACAUGCACAGCUGCCUGAUACAGAAGUCAAGGUGUCAAAUGUUGAAUAUGAAGAUUUUUAUGAUGAUACCAUUUUUAGUCUGGCAACCCUGUUAUUUUUAAAUCAUCAAAAUGUAUGUAAAGGUAAUUACAGUAAGUUAAACGUAGGGUCAUCUAGGGGUUCCAAUCUUAUAGGUUCUAAGGAAAACCAUACUAUAUUGUAUUUCCUCUUAAAGUACAACUCAUUUAAGUAUAGCCAAGAUUAGCCAAAUAACUCUUGAGAAACACUUUUUUUAAGAGUGUAGAUUUAUAUCCAUUUAGCUAAUGUUUUAACACAACAUAUCAUGCAUAAUAUAAAUAAUAUAAAUAAAAUAACAAAAAAGUGAAUCAGACAUAAGAAAAUUAAACUAUAUUCUGGAGUCUUAGUUUAUAUAAUAUCUCAUUGUAGAUAAGAUGGAAAGAUGAUGAAACGUCUUAUUGCUAUUAGUAAUAUUAUGUUAUUUAUCACAGAAAAUAUAAUUUUUACCUUUUUUUGUAAUAUAAAUUUUUUAAAACUCAUUUUGGUUAGAUAUCCACUAGUAAUAUUCUGGAAUACUAAAUGAACCAUACGAAUACCUAAGUUGUAAAUCAUCUAUUUUCUGAUUUUCUUUUUAUAAAUAUUUUACAACUACAUUACUUAAUCAAGUAUAUCACCAAUAUUCUCCUUUCAGUGUUUAGGGCUAGUAUACCAGUUAUUUCUAUUAUGAGAAACUAUUUAUUGUAUGUAUGCAGAGAAACUAAAUGGAUUACGACUUAAAAAAUUACGACUUAAAAUCUAAUAUUAAAUUUGAAUUUUGUCAUGUUACUUUAGGUUACAGCAGAUAACUUGGAAUCAGUGUGUGUUGUUUUGGUCCUGUGUUAAAUUGUAUUUAAAAAUAUGCAAUCACUAUAGGUUUUGCAGGCAGUUGUCACCUUUAAUUCAAGAUCGAAUAUUUAUAUUGUGUAAGUGAUUCACAAGUAUUUUUAUACAUAAUUCUCACAUUUCAGAGAACCAAAGGUAAUUAAAUGAACAUCAUUUUUAUUCUUUAUCAUUUUAAUUUUUAUUCAGCCAAUCACUGCCUCAGAGCUGUGUGAUAAUAUAUGCUUCCAAGACUGACACAUUUUAGUAUUCAAAAAAAGGUUUAGGCUGAUAUUGCUUAUAUGCUUCAGGACUGUUAUUUUAUUUCACUGAAAAAUAUAACCAUAGUAACAUAUAUUCUUCACAUGUUUUUGACAUUAUGGCACCCAAGGCAUAUAGCUAUUUUAACAUAGUGCCUCAUACCUUACUUAAUACAUUCAAAAUGAUGUGCCUUGUAGGAAUCUAUCAUGUAGCAUUCUCUGAGGAAUACACUAUUAACUUCUUUAUCUGCCAGAAAGCAUUCAAUCGUAUCUAUCUUGUAGAAACUUUUCAUUAGCUGAAAGUCUUAGAAGUAUAAAGCAAUAAUAACAUAUUCUGCUGCUUAUCUGUCUUGCACACACUGAGAAUCAUCAGCCUCUGUGGUAUAUAUUAAUAUUAACUUAAUCUUCUUUUUAUCUAUUUGCAUGCAUUCAAUAUCUGCAUUAUAUGGAGUGCUUGAAGUGGAAAAAAAAUAUGACGGUAUAAAUUUGUUGACGCAAGAUUUACGCAGUGUGGAAUAGUAUUUUUCUGUAGAGAGGUGGUGGGGUAUGAAGUUUAGAACGUGACAAAAAGUAUUUCAAUAUGAAUUUUAAGUACAUUAAAUGUAUUGUCAUCUAUUUUCCCCUUUAUUUUGAAUUAGAUAUUGGUAAGAUUCCAGAUUUUAAACAUUUUUUUAAAGAAAAUUGUAUUCUACAGUGAGGGGAAAUUGUCUGAAAGUGCCUUCUGAAAUCUUAGGAUUGGAUGAUUCGCUGUAAUUGCAUGAACUUUAAACAUGGACAAUAUUGAACCAGAUUUGCUGAAAGGGAUGAUGUCUUUGCUAUAGCAUGAAAUGUUUCCAUUAUUGUUAUGUAACAAGUACAUAUAUUUUUAAUAUCAUGUCCAAAAACUACUUUUGCUUUUAUGUAUAUUUUUUAUGCUUAAGAAUACGCACCUUUUAUUCAUUUAAAAGUAUGAAAAGACAACGUAGUUGUCAAAAGACGUGUGUGUAACUUGAUAUA